UCCGAAGCCCAGCAGUAGCCAGGGAGUCAGCCAGCCACCCAGUCAGUCAGCCCUCAACCCCCGACGGGCCAGCACACGUCUCUGCCGGGCUCCUACUGCUGGUGACGGGAGCCUUAUUCACAAGUGCCUUCAUGAACAACGAUAAGCAAGAACAACACUGAAAUCCGCGAAAACUGAAAAAAAAAUAGAACCGGAAAAUAUAUAUAUGCAAGAAAGAAGAAAAUUAUAACACUAAGCAGAUUGAAGAUUACUAUUGUUAACUUCGAUUGAAAUUACGAUUGACCCAAGCAAAUAAGACUUUUAGUGACCUGUUUUGCGUCUAGCUACUUGUCAUCUACCGGUCUUCCUCUGUGAAUCUACGGUGUUAGCGACCUAGAAGUGAACGUGUUGCAUCCUUGUAUUGUGUUUGAAGUGGGUUAGUGUAUUGAGAAAGGAAAGGAGAGAAAAGGAAGGGAAAGGAAAGGUUUAAAAUUCGUUGAGGAAAGAGAGAGAGAAAAAAAAAAGUGUUUACCAGCAAGAGUGACCUCACGUGUUAGAGAUAUACGUGUACUGUACAGGACUUAUACCACAAUACAAGACAAUGGGGAAUUCUGAUAACGAGGAGGCGGUGCGUGAGUGCGAGCGACGUGUGGUGACCCCCGACGAUGCGGACGACCUGAGCCCCAUGCCGACACACAUUGCCACCAACACCAACCGCCGCGGGGCCAUCUCCGCCGAGCCGCUCUCCGAAGAUGACGCAACCUCCUACGUUAAAAAGGUCGUGCCCAAGGACUACAAGACAAUGGCCGCCCUGCAGAAAGCCAUAGGAAAAAACGUGUUAUUUGCGCACUUAGACGAAAACGAGCGGUCGGAUAUUUUCGACGCGAUGUUCCCCGUCAACGCCCUGCCCGGGGAGGUGAUCAUACAGCAGAAUGACGAGGGUGACAACUUCUACAUCAUGGACCAGGGCGAGGUGGAGAUCUUCGUGGACGGCGAGCACGUUACCAGCAUCACUGAAGGGGGAAGCUUCGGCGAGUUGGCCCUGAUCUACGGCACCCCCAGACAAGCCACCGUCAAGGCAAAAACGGACACGAAACUCUGGGGCAUCGACAGGGACUCGUACCGAAGAAUCCUCAUGGGCUCAACCAUCAGGAAACGCAAGAUGUACGAAGAAUUCCUCUCCAAAGUCUCCAUCCUGGAGUCGCUGGACAAGUGGGAGCGCCUGGUGGUGGCCGACGCCCUAGAGCCGACGUCCUUUGAGUCCGGGUCCACGGUGGUGCGUCAGGGCGAGCCCGGCGACGACUUCUACAUCAUAGUAGAGGGCACGGCGGUGGUGAUGCAGGCACGCUCGCCCUCAGAGGAGCCCGUGGAAGUGGGCAGACUGGGGACCUCAGACUACUUCGGUGAGAUUGCUCUAUUGCUUGACCGGCCCAGAGCUGCCACGGUCAUAGCAGAUGGUCCCCUCAAGUGCGUCAAGCUGGACAGGGCCAGGUUUGAGCGUGUGCUGGGUAGCUGCGCAGACAUUCUCAAGAGGAACAUAGAGCAAUACAACUCCUUCAUUGCCCUGACCGUGUAGACCUGACAGCCACUACCUACUAUAGAAACAUAUGUAUGCAAUCAUGUAGGCUUGUUUGUGCGCUACUCUUUAGGCUCAUGUAUGCAACUACAUAUGCCCCUGUUUAGGUGCUGAAGUCUGCUACUUGUAGAGCCUAAGAAACAAUACAGGAACUUUGUUUUGGAGCGUGUACACUUUAGGGUUGAUGGGUAGUCUCGAGUGCACAGAUUUUGUAUAAGCUUUCACUGGUCAACCGUACUAAUUCCCCUUGGUAAUUUUUUAUACCAACGGCAAUGAUUGUGUACCAGGAAUGUCAGGAGCGGUAUUUUGUCACACCACCGAGUAACGGGCCUGUCUAUUUUGGGCGAUGUCACUAUAUAUUUACCAUAGUACCAACGUGUGUUUACAAUUCAUUGGGCGGAGCAGCAGCGUUCAUUAACUGUUAUCUCUAGUAUCGGCACAUGGUUAAAGUUCUGAGCUUAAAGACCGUAUAGUAUGAAAGAGCGCACCAUAUUUUGCUAUCACUCAACACCACAAGUCUCUCGUUCUUGCCGCUUGGGUGAGAAACUUUACCAAUGUUCACUAAUCCAGAAAUUUCGCAGCAGCCACCAAUGGAAGCGUUGUAGCCUGAAGGUCCCUGCGUAAGUCUUCAUGGCGGGGAUGACAAGGAGAGCGUCGCCAGCUGGGCCUUGAAGAGCCACCUGUUCCCGACUGCAGAUGGCAACAGCGACAGGUGGCGUGCAGACCCUGGCCAUAGUGUGCCUGCCAUAGUGUGAGGGUCAUGCUGGGUGACUGGUGACGUUGCUGAUGUUAGGUCAUUCUUUUUUAUUGGUCAUGGUUCUUGGGGCCAUUUUGAUAGGAAAAUUGUGGUACGAAAAGAUGCAAACAUUUCCCUACAUGUGAAUCAUAUAGACUCUAAGGACUUUGAUUUGUAUAGAACAGCAUUUCCAGCAUAACCUGUUUUAUUUAUUUCACGUCUUUUAUAUCAAUAGUUUUCGGACUUGAUGAGAUUAUCCAUGAAAUCUGACUAGUGUGUAAUGAUGAGAGGUUAAGGAUUGCCAUGCUACUAUAGGCCUUCAGUGUAACAUCCCGCAUCACAGGUUCCUUUGGGCACAGUCUCACUAUAUUAUGACAUACACAUAACCAUCCAGGGGUACAGAAAUUGCUUGUCAUGGGAUUAAUGGUCACUUGGUUUUCACAUUUAUCGUAAGUACAGUAACUCUAAACUCUUUCCACGGCCACGGGAGUAGUGUUGAGAAGUAGAGUCAGCUUCAGUCAUAGGAUUAAUAUUUACUUCGUUUUCACAUCAUGUUUAUUGCAAGAACUGUAACUAUAGUCUGUCUGAGGGAAUAGUCCCGAGAAGUACAGUCAGGUUUGCCGAGGCCCAGAGUGAAGUCCUGCUACACGGCGCUCUGCUCUGUGCUGGCUGGGUGUUAUUUUGGCCAGCUUGUGACUUUGCUCCUCGUCAGGGCUACACUGCAUCGGCAUGGUCUCAUUCGUCAGUCAUUUCCUCUGUAUUCUUCUAUAAGUCCACCUUGACACAGGAGGGGAAGCAGUGCAUAGAGUAGUAUGGGUUUUGUAUUUUGUUUGAUGUGAUGGCUGUGUGUGUACUGUGCAUUCACUAUAUCAAAACAUAAUAUUUACGAACUGUUCACAUGGUAGGAGAGAAGUGUGUGCGUCAGCCCUUGUAUGAAGAUGGUACUAGGCAGUCAGUCUCUCCUUGCAGCACUGAAGGAAAGGUUUCGUUCGCCACCGGUUUACACGUUGCUUGGUUAAAUUAUGACAUACUUUGUGUUUGUUGAUAUAUAUAUUAUGAAAUGGUUUGUGUGAGUGGUUUUUUUCUCAUUAAUUCGCUCAGAGGGAUCUUAAAGAAACAUGACCCCCGCAGCUACCAGGUUAAUAGUGAAAUGCAUAAGAAGUUGAAGGUAAUCUCAAGGCAUCGAAAGCACUUGUCUGCCCCUUGGAUGUCAAAUUUCACUGCAGAGUCGGAAAAAAUAUUGAAAUUGGUCAUCAAGAAUUUUGUGACGACGACAAAGUAUUUUUCUAUGAUAAAGAGAUUUAUUAUUUGAAGCCUCUGUCUAUUAUUCUUAUUAUUAUCAUUAUUAUUAUUAACUAUUACACAUGUGAAUUACGAUGCAUACAUAGCUUAUACACACAAUGAUAUACCAGUACACGACAAGACAAAAUAAUAAGAAAAAUAUAUAUAAAAUAAAUUGCAAGAAUAUAUAUAAUAAUAAUAUCCUAAGUUAGAUGGUAGUAAUCACUUUUAAUUGCCGAGAAGCUAAAUUAUUAUCAUUAUUAUUAUUAUUUCUAAGUUACGUCAUAAUAAUUUUUUAGGUCUUGAAAAGCUAAAUUAUUAUCAUUAUUAUUAUUAUUAUAUCUCCUACGAUAUGUCAUGCUCGCUUUUCAGUUGUCGAGAAGCUAAAUUAUUAUCUACCAUUAUUUUCAUUAUUAUUAUUAUUAUCAUUAUUGUUACUGAUGAUAUAAGAAAACUCCCAAAAAAAUGUACUAUUACUUAUGACAAUGUGUGCUAUAUAGCCUAGCAAGAAGUAGCAUGUUAGAGACAGCGUUGCCAGAUUACCGUAUUCACCGCACUGUAUUUAUCAUUAUUAAGCCUUACACUCUCGUAUAUAUGCAAAUCACAACGGGAAAUUAAAGUUAGUGUUAAAACUCUCAUUUACCGACGUUGGUUUGUUUGUUUUUCCAUAGAUAUCGGUCAGAAACUACGAAAAUGCAAGCCUUAGACUCGUACCCACACAAAUCACGACAGGAAAUUGAAGUUAGCGUUAAAACUCCUAUUUACCAACGCUCGUUUGUGUUUUCUGCUGUAGCUAUCGGUCAGGAACUACGAAAAUGCAAUCCUCAAACUCGUACUUACGCAAAUCACGACAGGAAAUUGAAGUUAGCAUUAAAACUCAUUUACCGAUGUUGAUUUGUUUGUUUUUCCGUAGAUAUCAGUCAGAAACUAUGAAAAUGCAAGCCUUAGACUCGUACCUACACAAAUCACGACAGAAAAUUGAAGUUAGCGUUAAAAUUCCUAUUUACUGACGUUCGUUUAUGAUUUCUGCCGUAGCUUUCGGUCAGGAACUACGAAAAUUCAAUGCCCCACACUCGUACCUACACAAAUCACGAAGGGAAAUUGAAGUUAGCGUUAUAACUCAUUUACCAACGUUGGGGUGUUUAUUUUUCCGUAGAUAUCCGUCAGUAACCACAAAAAUGCAAUCCCCACACUCGUAUCUACACAAAUCAUGACAGGAAAUUGAACUCGGCUUUAAAACUCCUAUUUACCGACAUUCGUUUGUGAUUUCUGCCGUAGCUUUCAGUCAGGAACUAUGAAAAUUGCAAUAUUCAUACUCUUGUACCAACACAAAUAACAAAGAGAAAUUAAAGUUUACGUUAAAACCUUUAUUUACCGACGUUCGUUUUGUGUUUUCUGCCGUAGUUGUCAGUCAGAAAUUAUGAAAAUUUAAUGUCUCGAACUCCCGCAGCUACAUAGAUAACGACUGAAAAUUUAAGUUGCCGUCAAAACGCUCAUUCAUCGACGUUCAUUUGUGUUUUACGGCUAUAGUUAUCGGGCAGAAACUUCAAAAAUGCAAUGCAGCAAGUACGAAAAAUUAAAGUUGGCGCUAAAACUCUUAUUUACUGAAAUUUCUUUGUGUUUUUUGGUGCAGUUAUCAAGCAGAAACUAUGAAGAUGCAAUGCGGUGAGUAUGAAAAAUUAAUAUUAGCAUUAAAACUCUUAUUUACUGACAUUUCUUUGUGUUUUUUGGUGUAGUUAUCAAUCAGAAACUACAAAGAUGCAAUGCGGUGAGUGCAGUAACUUGUCAACGCUGAUUAGUAGUUCAGUAGCCAGAGGAGGAGGAGGAUGUUGUGAGGCCCUGCCCUUGAAUGUACCCUCUUUACCCUCCCUCCCUCGUGCCCCCUGCUGGGAAGGCGGGCGUGUAGAGUAGUCGCUGUGUGUGUCCCCAUCAUCAGCCGCCCCCAUGCCCCAGGACGGCCUGGGCCAGGUCAGGGGGGUGCCGCCAGCUUCAUCACACACACACACACACACACACACACACACACACACACAUACUCAUGGGGAAAAAAUAUGUACAUACACACCCACACACACACACACACAUACUCAUGGGGAAAAAUAUGUACAUACACACACACAAAAAAAAAGAUGUAAAGAAAAUCAUAUGUACAUUCACACCCACAAAAGAAAACUAGACACACACACACACACACACACACACACAUAUAAAAAAAUAACACUAUAUAUUUGUUCAGGAUUUGAUAUAUAGCAAAUGUGUGUGUGUGUGUGUAUGUGUGAUGUGAGGAUGUUGAUAUGGAUUUGGGUAAAAUUCAGACCACUUCAGGUUUUUCUCUAAAGUCUUUGUGCUGUGAUGUUGAAGAUGUGUGGCACAGUACUGAGGUUCACGAGCUUAAUCUAUGUCACAUUUUGCACAUUCAUGGGUUUUCAGAUUCUAUGCUAUGUGAUGUCACAAUGUGAAGUAAAAUAAUGAGGUUGAGAGGCUUAACCCACAUCAGAUUCAGGGUGUUUUAAGGGUUUUCAAAUUCUAUGCUAUGUGAUGUAACAAUGUUCAAAUUCUUAGUAUUUUUGGUGGGUUUCAAAUUUAUGCUAUGUGAUGUGAUAGUGACGUAUGGUGAGAUAUGUUCACAGGCUUAACAUACAUGAAAUUUAAAGCAUUUUGGGGGUUUCAAAUUCUUUGCUAUGUGAUGUAAUAUGUCGUAUGGUAAAAUAUGUUCACAGGCUUAACAUACAUCAAAUUUAAUGCAUUUUGGGGGUUUCAAAUUCUAUGGUAUGUAAUGUGAUGGUGAUGUAGGGUAAAAUAUGUUAACAGGCUUAACAUACAUCAAAUUUAAUGCAUUUUAUGGGUUUUCAAAUUCUAUGCCAUGUGAUGUUUGAUGAGAUGUUCACAUUAACCUUACCCUGUGUGAAGUGGUGUGUAGUCCCCCUGGUUGGCCCUCCUAGAAGAACCCUUAAGUACUACCCCUUGGUACUGCCCUCCCUCCCCCCCCAGCUGCUCCUGGUGAGUGGCUGGGUCUCUGCAGUCACUCAGUCAGUCAGUACAUGUGCAAGUUUUGUAAUGAAAGAAGCUGCAGAUCAGUCAGUCAGCCAUUUCUUUCUUUGGGUGUGAAUGUGCAGUGUCCAGCUUCCAUCAGUCACCACUGUUUUUUUCUUCUUUUUUGUUUUUCUUAUUUCUGGAUUCAUCGCUGCAGUGUUUGGAAGUGUUUGAGAUGUGUGGCGAGCUAUGUGUGUGGGUGUGUGGGUGGGUGUGAACUAAUACCCUACACACACACACACACACACUCACAGCUCACACACAACAAAGGACAUUGCACUGUGAAGGUUCUUAAUUUAAUAUCACUUCUUUUCACCUGUGUUGGAGACUGAGACAUUUAAAAAAUUCUAUUACAUCAGAUCAUCCCCAAAGAUUACCUAUUACCUAUACCAUUUUGAAGGAAACUUUUCAUAUAUAUAUUAUUAUCCUACUAGAAGCUAUUUAUGAAGAAGUCAGGGGUAGGUGGCCCUUGCUUUCUCUAAUUUACUACAUAAUCGUGUUGGCUCGGUUCCCACAGUGUAGAGAGAACCCAGUCACGGCAGAAGGAAAUAGUACUAAUGGUCUUAUGAUUUGUUACGGAUGCAUUGCUAAUAAUAAUCAAGGUUUGUACUACUCUAGUGUACACGUCAUACAGUUUGGGGGCUUUGGUACACUUGUAAAUGCAUUGUAACUGGUUAUUAACAAGCCAAACGUUAGUCGGGUGUUAAUUUGUGGUGUUGUCUUGAGUGGGUGCCCGAUACAUGACUCAGGUCUUCGGAAAGUGAACUAUACUUGUCUUCACGGAGUUCAGUGUGAUGUGUCAGUAGAAUGUGAACACAGGAGGUGCGCUGAAGGACAUUAUCAUCAUUAUUAUUAUUAUUAUUAUUAUUAUUUAGGGGCUUUUUUCUGCUUUCUCUCUUCCUCGCUCCUUUAUUUUCUCUUUUUCUUCUUCUCUUCCUCCACUUGUCCCCCUCUUCCUGUUCUCUGCCUCCUGUUUUCCUACUUUUCCUCCUCUUCCUCUUCUCUGUCUUUUCCUUUCUUCCUCCUUUCCCUUCUUUUCCUUUUUCCUCCUCAACUUAAUGUGCCUAGAGAAAGACAGUCAGCAUUUCCUAUACAAAAGGUCUGAUUUUUUAUGCCUUGAUGAGGUCUUCGCUGUGCCGUGGCGCAUAGUGACGAGUGUUCCGCAAGGCUUUCCUUCCUUUCAGCCUGUCAGAGCAAGGAGUCUCCCUGCUUUCAGUAAUGCAUAACUAGACCUUGUACAUUAUGCUUCAAGGAGGCUCAAAAUUCUUGUCAUAGGCACAUAGGAAAGAGGAAUUUAGUAUAUAUUAAAAUUUGCAAGACCAGCAGUUAUGAAUUGUAGGAAGGUUAUGCAACUGCCUCCAAUAUACUGAUCACACACACACACACACACACACACACACACACACACACACACUCACUCAGUGCCAAAAGUAUAUACCAAUGAUAUUUUUCAGCAGCACCACAAAUUAAUUAUCACAAAACGCUAAAAAAAAAGUAUGUCGUUGCAAGUGCAUAUACUAGGUUAUUUUCUUCUCAGUACAUAUAGGCUUUUGUGUCAUAAUUUAUGCUGCCAAAAUAAAUAAAGUUUGAGGAAUUCUGAA